UGAGCUAAGAAGCAAGAGAAGAAUGAGCAUCUCUUGCUGUCAGCCACCUACCUCUGAGAACUACAUCUCCCCUCCCUCGCUUCCUCUAAAUGAAUCCCAAAGUUCUCUCCUUUUUCUAGGGUUAGAGUUUCAGGGAAAUUUACUAUUUAGAAGGCUCCACACGAGCUUCGAUCGGAUUCUUCACUCACCAAACCCUGCCAGUUCUUGUUGGAAAUGGGGACCGGGACCCACUCUCUCUCUGAGGAUAGGUUACAGGAUUAGGGUUUGUUUUAUAAGGGAAGAGCUUUUGGGAAUUGGGGUUUUGUUGGAGAUCUGAAGAGAUCAGAGGAAAAGCUUGCCAUCAGGCAAGAAUAUGUCAUCAUCUGGAAAUUCUCUUAGUGAACAAUUAUCUCAGAAGACAGAUGUUUUUGGCCUUAAACUUUGGGUUCUGAUUGGAAUAGCCGUUGGGCUCUUAAUUUCUUGUGUUCUUGCCAUACUAGUUUUAUGUCUUACUCUUCGAAGCCGGCGGAGGAUAAUAAGUUCUUCAAACAAUCUCCCUAUCACCAAUAUUCCACCCGUAUCGAAAGAAAUUAAAGAGGUGAGAGUAGAUCAAAUCUCAGCCAACAAGUUUGUCACAGUUCACAAUAAAUCCAAUGAGAAGGACUCAGAUAAGGUAACGGUCCACAUAGGAAAGGAGCACAAUAAUUCAAGCUCAUUUCGUUAUAUGGAAAGAAAUGGUAGCUCAAAAUCUGAAGAAGGGAGUUCAGGCAUUGCUACUGUUUGCAGACCAUCUGUUUCUAAUAAGAUAACUGCUCCUUCACCUUUGACGGGUCUUCCAGAGUUCUCUCACCUUGGAUGGGGUCACUGGUUUACUUUAAGGGACUUGGAACUUGCAACCAAUCGUUUCUCAAAGGAAAAUGUAAUCGGUGAGGGUGGUUAUGGGGUUGUUUACCAUGGACAUCUUGUUAAUGGAACUCCUGUAGCUAUCAAAAAGCUUCUCAAUAAUCUAGGACAAGCUGAGAAGGAAUUCAGAGUAGAAGUUGAGGCUAUUGGACAUGUUCGUCACAAGAACCUUGUUCGGCUUCUAGGAUAUUGUGUGGAGGGUACUCAAAGGAUGCUAGUAUACGAGUAUGUGAAUAAUGGUAAUCUAGAACAAUGGCUUCAUGGAGCUAUGCGUCAGCAAGGUUCUCUUACUUGGGAGGCUCGUGUAAAGGUGCUUUUUGGUACUGCUAAGGCGCUUGCUUAUUUACAUGAGUCGAUUGAGCCAAAAGUGGUGCAUCGAGACAUCAAGUCAAGUAAUAUAUUGAUUGAUGAAGACUUUGAUGCCAAGGUGUCAGAUUUUGGUUUGGCCAAGCUGCUGGGUGCUGGAAAAAGCCAUAUAGCUACACGAGUCAUGGGGACAUUUGGUUAUGUGGCACCGGAAUAUGCAAAUAGUGGACUUUUGAAUGAAAAAAGUGAUGUAUACAGCUUUGGAGUUGUUCUGUUGGAGGCCAUUACUGGGAGAGAUCCUGUGGACUAUGGUCGUCCUGCUAAUGAGGUAAAUCUAGUCGAUUGGCUUAAGGUGAUGGUUGCCAGCCGGCGAUCAGAAGAAGUGGUUGACCCAAGCAUAGAAACAAGACCAUCUACUAGAGCUCUGAAGCGAGCUCUAUUGACAGCUUUGAGAUGCGUCGAUCCAGAUUCAGAGAAAAGGCCAAAGAUGAGUCAGGUUGUUCGCAUGUUGGAUUCUGAUGAACCGAUAACUCGGGAGGAUCGAAGGCAUCGCAAGACCCGUGGUGGGAGCACGGAGAUUGAGUCCCAGAGAGAGAAUUCUGACACUGAUAAAAGUGACAACCCUGAUUCUAAAACUAGCAGAAGGAAAAACAAACCAUAAUGGCACCUAAUCUUUCUCAAGUCUUUUAAACUCAAAUUUCACUUUCUUUGUUUGGUUUUAGCCUGCUUCAUUCUUUUGAUCUGCAAACAGAUUUAUCUACCCUUGGAGGCUAUAACUGAAGAUCAAGAUUGUUCAUGGUGGGAAUAAUGUUUGGAUAUUUUUUAUUUUUUAUUUUUAUUUUUAUUUUUUCCAGGGGAAAUUUGUUUGAGUAAUGUAUGUUUCGGUAUAUGUAUCGGGAUUGCGUAAAACAAUAUGUACAGAUUACAGAGUUGAGUUUGUUUUGGGAAUGGCUGUCCUUGUUCAUCGAGACAUUUUGUGUGGCAGUUUUUGCCUGUAUCAUAUAUUGUAUCAUAUUGGGUAGCCACUGACAUUGUCAAGAGGCAUUAUAUGAAAGGAUCAUUUAUUAA